GGAGGAGUGGGGCGGGAAGAUCCUUGCCUGCUAGGCUAAAGUACCUAUUGACCAAUGCUCAAGCCAAUUGGUAAAGGUAUUGAGCUCGCGCGCUCUGAUUGGCUAGACGGAAAAAAGAGGCCACCUUCUACGGUUUGGGGCUUGGGGAUGGAGGAAUUUAAGAGUGGCUCUGGCUCUGGUGUGGAAAGGCUGUGGCGGCCGCAGGAUUCCCCAGAGCCAUGUUGUCAGGAGUCCUGGUAGUGUCUGCUCCAGGGAAAGUCAUCCUCCAUGGAGAACAUGCUGUGGUCCAUGGCAAGGUAGCACUGGCAGUGGCCUUAAAUUUGAGAACAUUCCUCAGGCUUGAACCCCACAGCAAUGGGAAAGUGACCCUGAACUUACCAAACAUUUGUACCAAGCAGACGUGGGAUGUGACCAGCCUUCAGCUGCUGGACACAAGCUUUCUGGACCAAGGUGACAUCCCAGCGCCCACCGCAGAGCAAGUGGAGAAGCUGAAGGAAGUGGCAGGCGUCCCCCAGAACCGAGCCGUCCCCGAGCACCUGGCUGUGCUGGCCUUCCUGUACUUGUACCUGGCCAUCUGCAGGAAGCAGAGGGCCCUGCCGAGCCUGGACAUUACCGUGUGGUCUGAGCUGCCCCCUGGGGCGGGCUUGGGCUCCAGUGCCGCCUACUCUGUGUGCUUGGCAGCCACCCUCUUGACCAUGUGUGAGGACAUCUCUAAUCCACUGAAGGACGGGGACAGCGUCAGCAGGUGGCCCAAGGAGGAUUUGGAGUUAAUUAACCAGUGGGCCUUCCGUGGGGAGAGGGUAAUCCACGGGAAUCCCUCUGGCGUGGACAAUGCCAUCAGCACCUGGGGAGGAGCCCUCCGAUACCAGCAGGGGAAGAUUUCAUCCUUAAACAGCCCCCCAGCUCUCCAGAUCCUGCUAACCAACACCAAGGUCCCACGAAGCACCAAGGCCCUUGUGGCUGGCGUCAGGAACAGGCUGAUCAAGUUUCCAGAGAUCGUGAGCCCUGUCCUGACCUCAAUAGACGCCAUAUCCCGAGAGUGUGAGCGAGUGCUGGGGGAGAUGGCAGCUGCCCCGGCCCUGGAGCAGUACCUCAUCCUGGAGGAGCUCAUUGACAUGAACCAGUACCUCCUGAAUGCCCUCGGCGUGGGCCACACCUCUCUGGACCAGCUCUGCCAGGUGGCCGGAGCCCAUGGACUGCACAGCAAGCUCACUGGAGCAGGUGGCGGUGGCUGUGGCAUCACGCUCCUGAGGCCAGAUCUGGAGCGGGCCGAAGUGGAGGCUGCAAAGCAGGCGCUGACUGGCUGCGGUUUCAACUGCUGGGAGACCAGCAUUGGGGCCCCUGGCGUUUCCAUCCACUUGGCCACCUCCCUGCACGAUCCCAUCUCCCAGGCCCUGGGUGGCCUCUGAGAUGAGUGCACGGUGCUGCAGCCCCACCGAGAAGCUCCUCUCCAGAUUCCUCUUUGCUGAGUUCACCUGUGUGGACCAGCACCACCAGCUCCUGACAUUGACGCUUCAGAAGCCUCCAGCCCCUCCUUACUGUCCUUCCUCCUGGCCGUGCCCCCUUGAGUCCCAGUGGCAGGGCCCCAGAGCCCUUGGUGGCUUUCGCUGCCAGAGCGGCACAUCUCUGUUUCCGGAGCUGGCCAGGUGGUGAAGCCAUGGGGUCCCCUGAGACUCCAGAUCUGAGAUGGGAGCGGCUUCUGCGGCCCCAGAGCUGUCAGGGGUCCAUCUGCCUGCACCCCAGUCUCCCCAGCCUGGGUGCAGGGAUAUGGGUCGGGACCCAGCACGAUGUGCCUUCUCUCCCUCUGCUGCCCCACUUCCACGAGCCUGAGGGCCCAGGCCCCUCUGCCUCCUCCAGGAAACCUUCCUGGCCCAGCGGGCUGGCCCUUGUCCCUUGUCACAGCACCAGUGUGUUGGCAUCAUCCAGCACUUUGUGCAGCCUGCUGUCCUGGCUAGCUGCCCCCCCUCCCCGGGGAGGGUCUAGGAUAGUGGCCUGUGCCUUCUGUCCUCAGGUCAAGGAGGACAGAGUGAAGGCAGCGUCGAUGCAAGCUGUCUCCCACUUGUGCUAAAGCAGUUUGCAAAAAUGACAGCAAACGGGAAUAAAAAGAACUUGCAAAAACAAA